AUGUCUCCUUUCGCUUUCUUGCUACUCUGCGUUCAAGCUUGCUUGAUCCAGAAUGUUUAUAGCGAGUGCCUCGGAGCCGGUCUUGGCUUUGGCUACGGUCCCGGAAUCGUUGGCGAAUACGGACUAGGAUACGGACCCGCUUUGGCUACUGAAUUCGGUUACGGACCUGGACUCGGUCUCGGCUACGGCCUCGCUGGCCCCGCAGGUCUGAUCGGUCCCGCUGGACUCGCCGGCCCCGCUGCCAUCGCUGGCCCGGCCUACGGAGGCACCGGUAUCGGUGACGUCGCAGUCGCUGGCGAAAUGGGCGUUGCCGGAACCACCCUGGUCGCCGGUCAAGUGCCAAUUCUGGGUGCUGUCAGAUUCGGCGGCGAAGUUCCAGCUGGCGGUGUCGUCUCCAUUGCCGGAAGCUGCGCCGGUGGAUGCGGCUGCAACGGUGGCUACCUGUAC